GCGAGCUGUUAGUUUUCUUUCAUUUGUUGGGCUCUAUUUUAUGUUCCUGUGCACCUCAAACUGGAUUGAGGAAGGAAAUUGUUUUUACGGAACAGGACUUCUGGUUUCCAUGCAGCGAAGGAGGAGGAGUGGAAGGAAACCAUCGCUGGAGAUGGACUGCAGGCGUGAAUGAGAAUGAGUCCCAUCCUCGCCGUGUGAACAUGCUGCUCGGGUAGAGGAGCGUCGACCCGCUUUACACCCCCGGACACACGAACGCCGCGGCGUCCGGCCCCCGACUCGAAGCACAGCCAUGCUGAUCAAGGAGUACCGCAUCCCCAUGCCGAUGAGCGUGGAGGAGUACCGCAUCGCUCAGCUCUACAUGAUCCAGCUCCUCCAUCUUCCCCCUCUGUGUUGUCACCCCGGUUUGCAGAAAAAGAGCCGAGAGGAGAGCUGCGGCGAGGGCAGCGGCGUGGAGAUCCUGGAGAACAAGCCGUACGAGGACGGGCCCGGAGGAUCGGGUCAGUACACGCACAAGGUCUACCACAUCGGCAAACACAUCCCGUCCUGGUUCUGCGCCAUCCUGCCUCAAGCCGCCCUCCGCGUGGAAGAGGAGUCCUGGAACGCCUACCCAUACACACGAACCCGGUACACCUGUCCCUUCGUAGAGAAGUUCUCGAUAGACAUUGAGACGUAUUACAAACCAGACACCGGAAAUCAAGUGGACGUCUUCAACAUGUCUUCUGCUGAGAAGAGACAGAGGACCGUGGACCCCAUAGACAUCGUGAAGGACUACAUCACUCCUCACGAGUACCUGGUGGAGGAGGACCCGAAACUCUACCAGUCGCUGAAAACCAAACGGGGCCCGCUGUCGGACGACUGGAUCGAGGAGAUCAACCAGGAUCCGGGUGAAUGUCCCGUCAUGUGCGCCUACAAGCUUUGCAAAGUGGAGUUCAGAUACUGGGGCAUGCAGUCCAAGAUCGAGCGCUUCAUACACGACGUGGGCCUGCGUAAAGUGAUGGUACGAGCCCACCGGCAGGCGUGGUGUUGGCAGGACGAGUGGUACGGGCUGACCAUCGAGGACAUCAGGCAGCUGGAGCUGGAGACCCAGCUGGCUCUGGCCAAGACGAUGGCCCAGUACAGCGACGGGGGAACCGAGACCGGCGGCUCCUCCGCGGACCAGGGGCAGGGAGCCGAGGCCGCGGGAUCGGCUGCCGAGGCGGAAGGAGGAGGGAAGCUGGGAGAUUCGCUGGAGACGCGAGGGGAGCUCACCAAGCAGUGGUCCACGUCCUCCAGGUCCUCCAACAGGUCGUCUAAGAGAGGCGGGAGUCCGUCUCACCAGAGCAUUUCCGAGUGGAGGAUGCAGAGCAUCGCCCGGGACUCGGAGGACAGUACGGACGACGAGUUCUUUGACGCUCACGAGGACUUUUCUGACAACGAGGAGAUGUUUGCCAAGGAGAUCACCAAGUGGAGCUCCAACGAUCUGAUGGACAAGAUGGGGACGAUGGAGGUGGACGAAGCACAAGAAAUGUUGUAUCGGGAGUCGGGCGGCGAGUACAGUGUGAUGAGUAAUGAGGAGAGGCAGAUGGAGGACUGUUCGUCUCAUCAGUGUCUCCAGUCGGCCAAAACUCACGUCCUCGUUCUGGUGCUGCACGGAGGCAACAUCCUGGACACUGGCUCGGGUGAACAGAACAGCAAGCAGGGAGACCUAAACACGCUGAGCGGCGCCUUCGAGACAGUGAUGGGGGUUCACUACCCGGCGGCGCUGGGCCGCAUCGCCAUCCGGAUGGUGCCCUGUCCUGCCGUGUGUGUCGAUGCAUUCGCACUCGUCUCCAAUCUCAGCCCUUAUAGCUACGACGAGGGCUGCCUGUCCAGCAGUCAGGACCACAUCCCGCUGGCGGCGCUGCCUCUCUUGGCUACCUCCGCGCCCCAGUACCAAGACGCCGUUGCAACAGUCAUCUUACGAGCCAAUCAGGUGUACAGCGACUUCGUCAAGUCUCCCGAGGGAGCGUCUUUUAACGGCCAGGUGUGUGUUAUCGGGGACUGCGUGGGGGGAAUCCUGGGGUUUGACGCCCUGUGCAGCAGCUCGGUGACGGUGUCAGAAAGCCAGAACAGCAGCAGACGGGGCAGCGCCAUCAGUGUACAGGACACGGACCUCCUCUCGCCGGGUAUCGUCAUAAACAGCGUCUCGCCUUGCUCGCCGUCCCUCGAGGGAAGCCGCCAUCUCAGCCGCAGCAACAUCGACAUCCCCCGCUGCUCGGGGCCCGACGACCCCAAGAGACAACUUCCACGCAAGCGCAGCGACUCCUCCACGUACGAGCUGGACACCAUCAAACACCACCAGGCCUUCCUGUCCAGCCUUCACUCCAGCGUGCUGGAGCCCGGCUCGCGGCGCUCCAGCGGCAGCACGAUGCUGGAAGGCGGCUCUUUGGGGAAGUUUGACUUCGAGGUGACGGACUUCUUCAUGUUCGGCUCCCCCCUGGGGCUGGUGCUGGCGCUGAGGAAGACUGUGGUGCCCUCGUUAGAUGUGUCCGCCCUGCGUCCGGCCUGUCAGCAGGUCUACAACCUGUUUCAUCCGGCCGACCCGUCGGCCUCGCGCCUCGAGCCUCUCCUGGACAAGCGGUUCCACCUGCUGCCUCCCUUCAGCGUCCCUCGUUACCAGCGCUUCCCUCUGGGCGACGGACACUCGGCACUCUUGGUCGAGACGGUGCAGAGUAACCCGCAGCUGCUGAUGGAGUCCGUUGGUGUCAUUUCCCACCGCUACCAGGACAGCACCGUGAACGAGACCUCCAUCCCCGUGCCUGUCCUCAACUGGCAGCUCCACACGGACACGGAUUCUCUGCACUCGAACAUUUUCGUGGACGGCCAGUUCCCAUCGCCCACCUCACCGGGGCUCCCUCACCUUCGCUGCAACCGCAGGGCCAGCGAGGCCAGCCUGGCCAGCCAGGUGUCCGGCUUGGCUGACUCUUACACCGCCUCCAACAUCGCCACGAUUGCUUCCCGGUGGUGGGGCAGCAAGAGGAUGGACUACGCCCUGUACUGCCCCGACGCCCUGACGGCGUUCCCCACGGUGGCUCUGCCUCACCUCUUCCACGCCUCCUACUGGGAGUCGACAGACGUCGUCUCCUUCUUACUCAGACAGGUGAUGAGACAUGAGAACUCCAGUAUUUUGGAGCUGGAUGGCAAAGAAGUCUCUGAAUUCACUCCGUCCAAACCUCGAGAGAAGUGGCUCCGCAAGAGGACUCAUGUUAAAAUCAGGAACGUGACGGCGAACCACCGAGUGAACGACGCCGUGUUCACGGAGGACGGCGCCCAGAUGGUGACGGGACGCUUCAUGUACGGACCCCUGGACAUGGUCACCCUCACCGGAGAGAAGGUCGACAUCCACAUCAUGACGCAGCCUCCCUCUGGAGAGUGGGUGUUCUUCCACACGGAGCUCACCAACAGCAGCGGGCGGGUGUCUUAUCUCAUCCCUGAGAGCAAAAAGCUGGGUAUCGGGGUCUACCCUGUCAAAAUGGUGGUCAGGGGCGACCACACGGUGGCAGACAGCUAUCUCUCGAUCGUACCGCGAGGAACGGAGUUCGUUGUCUUCAGCAUCGACGGGUCGUUUGCUGCCAGCGUGUCGAUAAUGGGGAGCGACCCAAAGGUUCGAGCUGGAGCUGUGGAUGUGGUGAGAUACUGGCAGGACCUGGGCUACUUGAUAGUCUACGUAACGGGCCGUCCUGACAUGCAGAAGCAGCGCGUGGUGGCCUGGCUCUCUCAGCACAACUUCCCCCACGGCGUCGUGUCCUUCUGCGACGGGCUGGUUCACGACCCGCUCCGCCACAAGGCCAACUUCCUCAAGAGCCUCAUUAACGAGGCCCAGAUGAGGAUCUUUGCCGCCUACGGCUCCACCAAGGACAUCUCCGUGUACUCGUCCAUCGGCCUGCCGCCCUCACACAUCUACAUCGUGGGAAGGUCCACGAAGAAGCUGCAGCACCAGUGUCAGUUCAUCGCCGAUGGUUAUGCCGCCCACCUGUCCCAGCUGGAGUACAUCCAGAGGUCCAGGCCUGCCAAGUCCGCCAGCACCCGCAUGGUCCUCCGCAAGAGCAGCUUCGGGCUCGGCGCGGCCGGAGGAGAAUUCCUCCGCAAGCGCAAUCACAUCUUUCGCACCAUCUCCUCUCAGCAGCCCGGAGGGGCGGGGGCGACCUCCCCCUCCCCCAGCCAGCCGGGCCGGACCGAGCGGACCCAGAGCCAGUGCGAGGUGGAGCGGGACCGCGGGGUCGGGCCGGCGACCCAGAGGAGCAUGAGCAUCGCUGCAGGGUGCUGGGGUCGCAGCGGGAGCACCAAGGAGGGCAGCGCAGGGUUACUGGGCCCCAAAUAAGGUCCAAAGCAGAUCUGUGGGGGUUAAAGGACCCGGGCCUGAGCCACCAUGAUCUCUGGACUGGACGCAGAGAGGAGGAAGUGAGUGCAGGGUUUGUAUUUUAGAAAGUUUAGGGAUAGGUCUGGGUUUUAGAAUGAACCCUCUUGGUGGGAUGGAGAGGGAUCGGUCCAGGGGGAGUGGACUCGUCAGGCCACGUGGGAUCCAGCCAACAAAAGACAAUUCUGUAGCAUGAGUCUUUUACAGUACGACUUUUAUAGGACAACAACUAAUGUGAGAAAAUGACAAGGAAGGAUUAAAUGAAAUAUUGUAAGCCUUAAACUAAUCUCGUGUAACGGGAUCCCAACCCCUCCACACCACCACUUCCUUUUCAAACACACGUAAACAACACACUGUCCAGGCGUUCACACUCUCAUGAGCUCAGGACAAACACCAGAAAAGGACUGGCAAUAAGUAAGUUCAGUCGGUUCAUCCAAAGUACUCACCAGACAUGUUUUCUCACUUACCUCUUGUGGUUUCUAUCCAUUCAGGAAGUGUCGGGGUUUGUUAGUCAGAGAUCAAUAAUCUAGAGAGGGCAGCGUGACGAAGGACACGUUGAACUUUUAGCUCCGAUCUCUUUGGUCUCUUUGGGUGGAUUUCCAUGAAAAUUGCGUAGAAAGAUCCGUCGUCUCCAAACGAUGACGUCCGGUGUCUUUUUAUUCUCUCGUGUCCCCCCACCCCCCCUCCCCCCCCAGCUUUUUCUUGUAGCACCCGACGUGAGAUCGACAUUUUUUUUUGGGGGGGGGGGGUUUCAUGUGAAAUAUUUUCACGACUAGCUGAUGGAUCGCCGUGACGUUUGGAACAGAUAUUCACGGUGUCCAGAGGACGAGUCCUCCCCUUAAAUAUUCUCAACAUCUACCGGAUGGAUUAGCACAACUUUUUGUACAGACGUUCGUGAUUCCCAGUUGAUGAAUCCUACUGACUUUGGCGAUCCACAGACUGUUCCCACAGCGCCACCAGGUGGACCGUUGUGGUUUUCGGGUAAAAAUGUACAUGUACUAUUUUAAUUUGUCCAAUACCUCCUGCUGAACUAAUUACAUAACCAUCAGCCUCAAAUGUUAAUUAGCAAAUGUUAGCAAGCUACACCUAGAUGGUAAACAUGGUAAACAUUAUACCUGCCAAACAUACGCAUGUUGACAGUCACACACAACACAUAAAACCAAAACUGUAAGUGAGAAAAUGUGUCUCUUUUUUUUGUGUAGUUUGAGUCAACCGAUACUCUCAAACAUCGUCAUGAAAUAUAUUGAAAGUACUUCUCGUCUUAGUCACAGAACCACUUUGUUCCUCACUGAUAUGCUCCAUGUCUUUAAAACCCAGAGGCCAGUUUCCAUCCCACGGUUUGUGUGAGACUCUUUUCAGUCCAAGGCCUUAAUAUCCAACAACACACUUGUUCCACGGGGCGAAGCAGACAGCAGACAGCAGACAAACGGGGGCACGCAGCAACAACUGAGACUCUGUACAGUCCACAGCAACAAUCCCUUUAUAUAUUCAUCUGCUUGCAAUACCUCUGAUCCACCUGUUGGCGGUGUCCUGUUCCCCACACGUGCUGCUGCUGGCUGCUGCUGCUGCUGGGACACACUCGUGUGGCGUUCCCCGACCUUUUUUUUUCCUCUCUUUUGGACGGAUGGAGGAUAAAUGUGGUGUUUCAUGUUCGGGGGUUGGACUCUGUUGAGGAGGAGGAGGCGGCGGUGUUUCCACGUAGCGUUCCACUCACACAGACCUGAACAUCUUUCAGUAUUUUUUACCAAAAAACGGACUGAAGAAUGGGAAGUGGAAGUGAUUCAGCGUCGAUGUUCAUGAUGUGGAGAACAUCACUGGUUCCCUCAUGAGAGCAAACGUCACGCUGCUGCUUCUGUCCACUGAACUGUAUAUUUUCAUACAAAGAGGACGUAGAAGAAGAAGAAGAAGACGCCUCACAUCUUCUUGUUCAACGUCUGUCUUAAAACUAAAGUCAAGUGCCCGAAUGAAGAGUGAAACUGGUGGCUUGCUGUCGUCAUUCCUCCUGUAGAGUUUCAGCUGUCAAAUAAGUGUAUAUAUUUACUCAAUUUUUAGAAUGAAAUCAGACCAAAACAACACAUUGGACGGAUUCCCGUCCGGUUUCCGGUGUCCCCCAAGGCUCCAUCCGUGGUCCCCAUUUUAUUUUUGUUUAUUAUAUAUGCUUCCACUGGCCUCUUGUGUUUUCGUAAACCUCAAAAUUAUAUAUUAUUGUCACGCUAAUCACGCGCAUCUGUACUUCCUCCUUGAAAACCCAGCGUGAAAACGUAAUCCGCAGUCUUAUUAUAGUCUGGCUGAAGAUGCACAGGAAAGUGGGCCCGGUUUCCUCCCCGUACGAACGGGAGAAAAGAUUUCAGCAAGCAAAAAGAGUUUCACUCGUCUCGCGGUGAAUCCGACUGUCGGACUCGAACCUCCGUGAAAGCUUCAGGACGUGCGGAGCGGUUUCUUCCUCACUUCAUUUCACUCCGCUGUCGUUUUAAGGCCGGCCGUCGCACCGCAAAGGGGGAGCGUCCGGCUCUCCGUGAGCUCGGCGAACGUCUUCAACCCGCCACGAAAAAGCCAAAAUAAUUCUCCAAAAUACUGUAGUUGAUCAACUGUGUAACCUCAUUGGUUUUUUUUGCACUAGUUUUUUACGGUGGAAAUAUCCUGUAGUUUUACCAUCUCACGUUGCUACAUUGAGACGCCUCCGCGGUGCUGCAUGUGCAGGUACGCACACGCAGCAUGUGUGGGUACCUACACACGCUGCAUAUGUGCGUACCUGCUGCAUGUGUGCGUACCUGCUGCAUGUGCAGGUACGCACACGUGCUGCAGGUACGCACACGUGCAGCAGGUACGCACACAUGCAGCGUGUGCAGGUACCCACACGUGCAGCAGGUACGCACACAUGCAGCGUGUGCAGGUACGCACACAUGCUGCGUGUGCAGCAGGUGCAGGUACGCACACGUGCAGCAGGUGCAGGUACGCACACAUGCAGCAGGUGCAGGUACGCACACGUGCAGCGUGUGCAGGUACCCACACGUGCAGCAGGUGCAGGUACGCACACGUGCAGCAGGUGCAGGUACGCACACGUGCAGCAGGUGCAGGUACCCACACGUGCAGCAGGUGCAGGUACGCACACGUGCAGCAGGUGCAGGUACGCACACAUGCAGCAGGUGCAGGUACGCACACGUGCAGCAGGUGCAGGUACGCACACGUGCAGCAGGUGCAGGUACGCACACGUGCAGCAGGUGCAGGUACGCACACAUGCAGCGUGUGCUGCGUAUGCAGGCACAUGCUGCGUGUGCAGGUACGCACACAUGCAGCGUGUGCUGCGUAUGCAGGCACAUGCUGCGUGUGCAGGUACGCACACAUGCAGCUUGUGCAGGUAUGCACACAUGCAGCGUGUGCAGGUACCCACACAUGCUGCGUGUGCAGGUACGCACACAUGCUGCGUGUGCAGGUACGCACACAUGCAGUGUGCAGGUACCCACACAUGCAGCAGGUGCGCACACAUGCAGCGUGUGCAGGUACGCACACAUGCAGCGUGUCAGGAUGUGGACGUGAUGGAGGUAAAUGUGCCAAACGGUCAGCGGUUCUAGAGGAGAGUAUUGAGACCAGGGGUUUUCAAAGCGUGACACCUCCUUCCUCCUGUUACUAGUCUUUGUUUUACUUCUGUUUGGAGGAUAAACAGGAUUUAGUGAGUUAUGCUGUAGGCGACAACUUGAGCCCCCAUUAUUUAUUAUGUAUACAUUUUGGCAAUUUAAAAUAUGCCGAAUAAGCUAUUAGCACUUCCUGUCUGCAUUGUGCCCGUGGAACGUACAGACCACCGUCACCGGAUCACUUCGAUGCUGAAGAACACUAAAAAGAAACGUGACGUUUUAUUUGGUUUCUAAGCAGAUUUGUGGACGUUUUUCCGAGACGCUGAUUCCCUUUAGACGAUUUCCCUAAAGUCACAUUUAAUCUAAACGUAUGUGUGUGUUUCAUGUCUGGGUGUUAAGAUUUGACUGAGUUGUGACUGAGAAGGAGGAGGACUCAUGGUGGCAAUUGGACACUUAAUGUUUUAAAGUAACUUCAUAGCCUCCUUGAGCUGUGUGUGUGUUUUGAAAACCCCUGAUUUAGACCGUGUACCCAACCAUUCAUUAAUUUAGUAAGAAGAGGCGAAGUGUACCGACUUUUGAUGAUUUUUGGGCACAGUUUGAAUCGAAUGUCUGAGAAAUAUCUGUGGCUUUAACAAAAAGAUGUUUUUAAGAACGGAGAGCAGAGGUCGAGCAUGUUGCUGUAAUUGUUGACAAUGAGCUACUUUAUUGAAGGUUUCUGUUGUGCGUUGGGUGCCAGUUGUUUGGUUUUUUUGGCCACACACACACACAGACACACACAUAUUGUUCACACACACUUUUUUUGUUUGUUGCCGUUUCGGCUGCCGAGUUGAAUGUCUGCCCCUUCGGAUCGCGAGGCUGUCGGUGUACAUACUGUAAAGAUGUAUAUGUAGGACUUAUAUAUGGUUGAGAAUUAUUUAUUUACCUAAAGAUCGUAAUGUCACGCUGGAAAUUUCAGGUGAAAUAUAUUUGAAGAAAAAAAUAAUAAUAAUGUAGCAUUUUAUUUGUCACUAUUUAACACGUUUUUUUUUUUUUUACUAGUGCAAUAUUAUUGUUCGAGUCACAGCAGGGGCUCAAUGUACCACAAUACAACGCUUCACACACACACACACACACACACACACCACCUGCAGUUGUGUUUCACACCUUGUGAAACUAUUUGUAUCUCUUCAAGUCGACCGCGGAGCAUUUUUAUAGGACUCGCCGUUCCUAUUUUUAAAACCUGGAGUGUUUUUGCAGAACCGUUGAAGUUCAACGAAGCGGCUCCAUUUAACGAGCUGCUGCAUGUCAUCCGGUCAGAUUGGAGCUACGUAAACCCGCUAUGUCGUCACCGUUUAAAGAAAUAUAUAUAUCGAGAGAUUCGGCCGAUUUAUAUGUGAGAAUAUAACAAUUAUUGCCACAUUUUGGAUACUCCAGAAGUUAUUUCUUCCUAGUAAAGCACCCUCUUAAGAAGAGGUAACACGUCUGAACUAACUGCUUUAUUAAUGGUUAAAGGAAUAGUUUGACCUCUUUUGGGAAAUGUAAUCCUCUGUCAUGCUAAGAAGAGAAGAUCGUGAACCGCUUAGCUUAGCUUAGCUUAGCACAAAGACUGGGAGCAGGAGAGAACAGCCCGGGGGUCUGACAAGGUCCCUGUCCAAGAUGUAUAUAUAGUUCUGCACAUAUAUUGAGUUUUUUAACUGAUUAAAGAGGUUAUAUAUAUUUAUUAAUGAGCUUUAGAGACUAAAGACAUUAUAUAUGUUCAUUAAUGAGCUUUAGAGACUAAAGACAUUAUAUAUGUUCAUUAAUGAGCUUUAGAGGCUAAAGACAUUAUAUAUGUUCAUUAAUGAGCUUUAGAGGCCGGUUCCCCGUUUCCAUGCUUUAAGCUAAGCUACAUUUUUAAAUAUUUUAAUUUUCCUUUAAUAAAUUAUUUAAUAUGCUUCAUAGUUUAUUUAAGAGACAAGAAUAAAUGUUUGUCAGGUUGUAAAAAAAAAAAAAAAAAAAUCUAUUUAUUAACAUCACAUACAGCUGCAGACUUGAUUAAAUAAGCUUUAUUGAUCACAUAUUAACAUUAAUAUCUGCAGACGUAUCAAAAGACCAAUAUUAGAAGAUAAGGAUGAACACCAAAACAAAAAGGUAUUUGAUAUCAAAUUAUUUAUCAACCAUUAAUAAAGCCAUAACUCACAACCUAUAAAUAAUGUAUAAUGGGUGCCUUAUUAAUAAGAUCUAAAUCUAUUUAUAAAUCCACACUUGUCUUCAGCACAGCUGAAAUAAGACAAACAUUAUAUAACUUUAGUUCUGUGACAUGCAGUAUAAUAAAGUGUCAAAAUAUAUGGUGGCAAUAAUUCAGAUAUAUUUUGGAUAUAUACCAGGUUUUAGAUUUGGGUUUGACGUGCUCACCCUGUUACUUAACAUUUACAUCAUAAACACUUAAUAACUGUUUAUUAACACAUUUAUAAUGCAUAAAACUAUGUUAUUUAAUACAACUUAAACUCUCCCUGCAGUAUAAAGCAUCCAUAAUUGGAUAAUAAUCAAUCCUUCAUAAAACAUAGUUAUCAUAUAUGCCUCCAUGGGUUUUAAAAUACAUUUAUAAACAAUAUUAAACCUGCCUGUAAAUGUACACAAACAGUUAUUAAAUGCUUUAUAAGUCAUAUUUAUUCACAUAUGAUUACAACUUGUUAAGCAUUUAUACAUGUUUCAUAGGAUGGGCUAUAGUCAUAUCUGUGUAACUGUUUACAACUUCCAAAACAUUACGUGUUAUAAACCAUUAAGUUACAAUAAACUCCUAAAUGCUAAAGCGGGGGCUUAAUAAAAUAAAGUGUUAUUAAUUUGUUAGCACCAGAAUACAGAUGGCUGUCAGUUUUUUUGUUUUUUUACUUGGUCAGAAAAUGUUCCUUUCAUUCGUGGCGAUGAUGAAAGCACCUUGUGUACAUUAACAACGCCAGGAUUCAGACUGUCGGUUCUGAUGGCUCCUGUUUCAUGUGUGUUCGGGCAGAUCGGGCCGACCUUUGACCUCUGCCCGCCCCGGCUCUCCCUCCCAUUGUCUGUUCUGUGGAAUAAAUACAAUUGGACGGUAA